AUGGAUAGAAAAACUCUUAUCAUCCUUGGCUUAAUCGGAGCAGCUCUUCUUGUCACUGCAAUUUUACUUGCAGUUUCCUUUGACAGUGUAGAAUACACUGAAUACGGCCUUGACUACUCCUCAAUAUCAAAAUCUGUCGGCACAUCUCCUUAUCUUGGUGGAAUUUACCUAUUAGGGAUCGGCCACAGCUUUAUCAAGUUCCCAAGAACUGUGCUCACAAUAGAUUUUUCAAAUGACGCAAAAUCAGACCGCCCUCAAAUUGAAAGCCGCACUUCUGAUGGGCUUGAAGUCCUUCUUGAAAUUUCUUUCCAAUACGAGCUUAUUUCUGCCAAUCUAUACGAUCUCUAUAUGAACUACGAGCUUAAAUAUCAGUAUGUAAUUGAAAAUAUUGCAAUUGAUACCCUAACUGAUCAAGCCACCAAAUACACUGCCUAUGACUUUUUCAUGAACCGUGCUAAAAUUGGCACAGAAAUGCAGCAAGCACUGGACGCCCAAUUAAGGAACAAGACUUACACCUCAGUACCAUUUUUCCAGCUUCGUGACGUCGAUUUGCCAGACGCUUUUGAAUCAGCAAUUCAGCUGUCUGAAGUGAAAAAGCAAGACAUUCAGAAAGCUAAUGCAGAAAUGAAUAAAAUUAAAGUUGAAAUAGAAACUAAGCUGCUUAAGGCAAAUCUCAAUAAAAGUGUGACAAUUAAUUUGGCUAAUGGUGAGGCAGAAGCUAUAAAGCAAAACAAUGAAGCGGAGGUAAAUGGGUUCAAUGCAACUGAAAUGGCUGCUAUUUAUGGAUAUCAAGCUCUUAAAGAGUCAACAAAUAUGACUAACCCAGAUCUGUUGAACUAUUUGAAAGCCAGCAUUGUAGAGAACUAUGAUGGGGACAAGCUAGUCGUUUCUUUCAAAAAAUAA